GAGCGACUUCCUCUGCCACUCCCUUUUCCACAUUGGAAGCCUGCAGGAUUUCAAGGGAGUGACUUAGUCAAAUAUGAUUCACAGGUCAAAAUUUAUCUGGUUCACUCAAAUUAGUGUCAUUUUAACCCUCCCAUAGAAGAGAAAUAUGAUGCCAAACAGAAGUAACCUCUCCUCCUUCCAGAAUAUUGGAUCAGAUUCCAGUAAGAUUGUGGCAGACUAUAGCCACUCACAAAGCCAGCUGGAAUUACAAAAUGCUAGUUUGGGAAAGGGUUCUGUGGCGAAUUCCCUUGAAAAUGGUCUCCAGGAUAUUAUGGAAAACCUCAACACGAAGAAAUAUUCAUCAACACUUAAAUUUAAAACAAAUGGGGACUAUGCUGGCUCUUAUUUAACCCUUUCACAACCUAUGCCAAUUAAACCUAAUCCUUCCACCAGUGUUAAAAAUACACACUCUAUUAACAAAAUUCAAGGAGGAAAGCAGUUCCCCUGUGAAAGCCCAUAUCUUCCAGAUAAAAACAUCUCUGUAAAGCAUUUGGGUUCCAUAUCAGGCAUGUCUCCAUCCCUCAGUGGGUAUAGUUCAGGAAGGACAGAUUUUGAUAUCCAUGCCAGCAGAGAAAAUGAAAAAUCCCUUGGACACAUGGAUAAGUUUCACUACUCAAAGUACAGUCAGAGAAAUAAAUCUUAUGACAACAUCUACUUCCCAGGAAUGCUGGAGUCAAAGAAGAUCUCAGGCUCUCUUCUGACUAUGUGGAAUGGAAGCUCAGGGAAUGAGCUGGUGCUUUCACCUUGUAGCAGUUCUGGGGCAGCCAGCAUGCCUUCCAGCCCAAAGCAAGGCAGGAGAAUGAAUGCUGAAAACAGUCUGGCCCUUCACAUAAAGCCAGUGAAGUACAAGGAUGGGAUGAUGGAAACUCUGGGCUCACGGCCUAGGAAAUACUCUGGUGGAUCUCUAAGUCAUAUGGGAAUGUACAGUCGUUCCCUACCCAGACUUUAUAAAUCAACAGAAAACCAGCUGGUGCCAUUAAGUUUGCCCCCCAGAAGCUCUCUGGGUAAUAGUAAAAGAAAAAAACUUGGAGAAAAAGAUCUGCCUCAGAAUGCUUUCAAUGCUGAUAAUUACCUGAAUUUUUCUUCUUGCAGCUCAGGUGUUUCACCACAUGGAAACUCUGUCUCCAGGAGUAAUCCCUAUGUCAAUUCAACUCUCAAUGUUCCUGCAAGCCCUCGUAUUGCUAAAAAAAUGCUUUUAGCACCUUCUUCCCCAUAUCUCCCUGAUGAUUUUGAUAGACUUGGACUCUCAGGAACAAGUCCCGGUAGUUCUUUCUCCCCAGUGGAUUUUGACAGGUCAUUCUCUGUCCAAAGAAACCUUUCCACCAGUUCCAUGGAACUUGAUGACCCAGAUCUGGAAAGUUACAGACAGACACCAAAUUCUCUGCAAAUGUCUAUGCGAGAGCGGAAGAACAGCAUUAGCUCAAUUUCAGGAAGGGAAGACCUCAUGGACUAUCACAGGAGGCAGAGGGAAGAGCGACUUCGGGAGCAGGAGAUGGAACGGCUGGAACGACAGCGGCUUGAGACAAUCCUCAAUCUGUGUGCCGAAUACUCCAAAUCUGACAGCAACCCUGCUGCAGCUACUACAGUUGCUGAUGUUCAAAAAAUUAACAAAGAACUCGAAAAACUUCAACUCUCUGAUGAGGAUUCCGUGUUCGAAGACUCCCAGAUGAAUCUGGAAAUGAGGUUCAGAAGCCACUUGAAAUCCUCUGCCAGCGACUCAGAUUUCUCGGAGCUGAGCAGCCACAGCCGUGGCACUGCUGCUUACCUGCCCUCGUGGGGGCUGAGGGCUGAGGAGCACUUCAGCGAGAGCACCAAGCCUCCACCUUUUGCUGCUUCCAGCUUCCUGAAGGACGCCCCCGAGUCAUCCUACCUAAGCAUCACACCAAAGCUGCAGAUACCAGAAUGCACCAGUGAAGAGCAGAAAAGGCAGGAGCUUGGUCGACUGGAGGAGGAACGCAUAGUAAUAAUGAAUAACUUGGAAGAACUUGAGCAGAAGAUCAAAGAUUUAAAUGAUCAGAUGGACGAAUCCUCAAGAGAGUUGGAUAUGGAAUGUGCCCUUUUGGAUGGGGAACAGAAAUCUGAAACAACAGAGCUGCUGAAAGAGAAGGAAAUAUUGGAUCAUCUAAACAGAAAAAUAGCUGAACUGGAGAGAAAUGUUAUUGGUGAAAAGACAAAGGAAAAAUUAAAACUUGAUGCUGAGAGGGAAAAACUAGAGAGGCUUCAGGAGCUUUACUCCGAGCAGAAGACGCAGCUUGAUAAUUGCCCUGAGUCCAUGAGGGAACAGUUACAGCAACAGCUGAAGAGGGAUGCUGAUAUUCUGGACAUAGAAAGCAAACACUUUGAAGAUUUAGAAUUUCAGCAGCUUGAACAUGAAAGCAGGUUGGAUGAAGAGAAGGAAAAUCUGACACAACAGCUCCUGCAGGAAGUAGCUGAAUAUCAGCGCAGCAUUGUCAGUAGAAAGGAAAAGAUUUCUGCUCUCAAAAAACAAGCCAAUCAUAUUGUCCAACAAGCACAAAGAGAACAAGAUCAUUUUGUAAAAGAGAAAAACAACUUAAUAAUGAUGCUGCAAAGGGAAAAAGAAAAUCUCUGUAAUCUGGAAAAGAAAUAUUCCACACUUUCUGGAGGAAAGGGAUUUCCUGUCAGUCCCAAUAGUCUGAAAGAGGGCUAUAUCAGUGUAAGUGAAAUUAGUGAGCUGUAUGGCAAUUCCACGAAUAUAUCCCCUUCCACUCAGACCCCCUCAGAUGUUGAAGCAGUUGCCACUGAGCCUUCCACGGCUGUGCUGACGAGCCAGCCACAAAAUAUAGAGCAUUUCAGAAACUUGGAGGAGCGCAAGAAGCAGCACAGGGAGGGCAUGUACCUGAGCGAUACCCUGCCCCGCAAGAAAAUGACCCCAUCCGUGUCUCCCCACUUCAACAGUGCCACGCUGGGACGCAGCAUCACAAACAAAGGACAUUUACCAUUAGGACAGAGCAACAGCUGUGGCAGCGUACUUCCUCACUGCCUGGCAACCAUGACCAAAGAGUUGGAGUCAAGAAGGAUGCACAAAGGGUAUAACCAUCAGCACAUCUGUGAAAACCAAAGGCAGAAGUCUCCAGAAUUCUACAGCAGAACAGCAUCAGAAUCCAAUGUGUAUUUGAACAGUUUCCAUUUCCCAGAUCAUAGUUACAAGGACCAUGCCUUUGACACGUUAAGCUUAGACAGCUCUGACAGUAUGGAGACAAGCAUAUCAGCAUGCUCACCAGAUAACAUUUCCAGUGCUAGCACUUCAAACAUUGCAAGAAUAGAGGAGAUGGAGAGACUUCUCAAACAAGCACAUGCUGAAAAGACUCGGCUGCUUGAGACCAGGGAACGGGAGAUGGAAGCUAAGAAACGAGCUCUGGAAGAAGAAAAACGCCGCAGGGAGCAACUGGAGAAAAGAUUGGAGGAAGAAACAAGCCAGAGGCAAAAAUUAAUUGAAAAAGAAGUCAAAAUACGUGAGAAACAAAGAGCACAGGCCCGUCCCUUGACUCGCUAUUUGCCCGUUAGAAAGGAAGACUUCGACCUACGAAGUCACAUUGAAACAGCUGGGCACAACAUAGAGACCUGUUACCACAUUUCUCUCACUGAGAAGACCUGCCGAGGCUUUCUGAUUAAAAUGGGAGGAAAAAUUAAAACAUGGAAAAAACGGUGGUUUGUUUUUGAUAGAAACAAGAGAACUUUUACUUAUUAUGCAGACAAACACGAAACUAAAUUAAAGGGUGUAAUAUAUUUUCAAGCUAUUGAAGAAGUCUAUUAUGAUCAUCUAAAGAAUGCAUAUAAGAGUCCCAACCCAUUGCUGACCUUCAGUGUUAAGACCCAUGACCGCAUCUACUACAUGGUUGCUCCUUCUCCAGAAGCCAUGAGGAUAUGGAUGGAUGUCAUUGUUACAGGCGCAGAAGGCUACACCCACUUCAUGUUAUAAUAAAAGGGGAGCAUAGGGCAUCCUGCAAUAACAUAACUAAUGAAGUUAGCCAUAUCUAGUGACAGCUGAAAAGCCAGUGAAUACCCCGAAAUGUCCUCCUUAUGAUGUGCACCCAAAACCUCAGAUUGAGAGGAGGUUAUAAAUGCAUUGAAAAGGGGGGGAUGUUACCUGUUGUAGUUGAUCUUUAUAGGAAUGAACAAGCUAAAGCUGUUGAGAGAAUCAUAGUGCUCCAAAAUGGAUAAUCAGGCAAUUUUAAUUACAGCAUCUUGAUUGAAUGAUAAGUUUCUACAAAUACUCUUAUACAGAGAAUGUCUUCAUACAUUUAUAUUGAACAGUUUACAAGUGUGUGUGUUCUCAUUGGUUUGCAAAAAUUCUAGUGAAACAAAAAGGUGUAAUAAGCAUAUAUUUUAAUAUGCAACAUUUGACAUUUAUGGAUGAUUAGGUGACUUUUUAAAACCUUUAGUCAAGUAUUUUAUAGAAAUACAAACAAAAAAGAAGCCCUAAGGUACACACAGUUCUUGCCUUAGUAGUUAAGUGUUACAACAGAGCCAAAGAGAUACAUGAUUCCCUUACAUUUUCAUAUUGUUAUUUGUACCUAACUUUCUGCAAGGGGACAGUGCCAAAACUCUUAAUGACUUUUAAUGUAAUUAAAUUGUUAUAUUCUGUAUGUUCACAAACACUUUGUGGCAACAACUGUAAGUUUAAAGUUCGCAUCUAUGGAGCACAACAAGAAAAAAAACCAAAAAAACCAAGAUGGAUAGCUUUAUAAAGAUGCUAUUUUUCCACAAGGAUGAGAAAUGGAAAUACAUGUAUUAACUUCCUCAUAAAGAGGGAUUUUUUUAAUCCUCUCUGUUCAAUAGAAUAAGCUGAUUCUGGGCUCUACAGCAAUUUUCUUUUAUAUCGUAAGGUCCUAGUGUAGUUCUAAUCUUAUUCUGUGCCAAGUGAACACUCUAUUGAAAUCUCUCAAAUAUUGCCUGCCUUGAAGGCAGCACCAAAAUCUCUACCUGUCUGGAUUCUUUGGAGCCAAGCUUUCAGUCAGCUGUUUUGUUGUUUAAUUAUAUCUGCACAGAAUACUGCUGUCAAAUAGAAUAAAAAGAGAGAGGUGAGUUCUAAGACUUUACACUAAGCAGUGUAUGAAUAAAAAACCCUGAAAGUUUGAAGUAGUAGGGACUGAGAUUCCUAAAACAGCAAAAAUACUGAGGGUGCAGCAGUCUCCCAUUUUAAAAUCACCUCCAAGUUCUUGAAAAAUAUUGCAAAAAUAUAAAUUAUUUAAUUGAAAUUAACUUCAAGCAAGUGUCACAUUAUGACUUUAAGGAGGUUCCAUUUGAUUAUAAUUGAAACACGCUCUGUGGUUUGUGUACUAGAAGAAAGCACAUUAGCCUUUUUUUUUUCUUUGAUGAAAAGUUAAUGGCUUUUAAUUGAACAAAUAAACUGAAAACAGAAUAGAAGUAUGCUGGCAGAAUAUUUUUGUUAUACUUUUUAAACUAUGUAACUGUAAUGAACAGGUUUGUGGUAUGUACAGGUGAUGUGGUUGUUCUAGAAUGACAAACAUCAGUUUCUACUUGAAUCAUAGAAGAGACUGUUGUUGCAAGAUAAUUGCUAUCAUCUGUGCAGAUCACAGCCUGCAAUCUAUAAUUUAAAACACUAUCAAAUAAAUUGCUUUUGUUUAUACAGUUAUUAUUUUUUCCUGAUGUAUCUUGAUUUUAUUCCCAAGUAUAGUUAUAACGGUUUUCUAAUAAUGAUUUUUGUAUCCUGCAUGAUGCAAUGAAGGCAUUUCAAUAAACAUUUUUAAAAAUA